AUGGAGGAGACACCAACCACAAGACUCGAUUCAAGAAGGCCACAAUCCUCUUCUGAUCAAAAUGGUGGUCCAGUGGCAGUGAAUGAGUCGAUAGCAAACGAAGGAGUAGGAGUAGGACAGCCUGUCCCUAUGAUUGGUCGAAUACAAUCUCAACUGUCUACAUCACUUACUGCCACAGCUGCUGCUGAUGAAAUGGGUGCUCAUUUUGCAGCUUGUGGGAGAUAUCUAACUGCUUGUGUUGCAUGUGUGCUUCCUCAGUUUGAAGGCGAUUCAAUUUCUGGGGUACAAUCACAACUUCAUCAUCAAGAGGGUAAGGGGCCCGGAACAUCUCCUACAUGCCAUCCUAUCUCUGCACGCCAAGUCAUCUAUGAACUCAGAAUAUAUUCACUUCACGAGGCAACCUAA